UUUACGAGCGGCUCCGCUCCCAUCUUGGCAUUCCAGAGCGGUGGCGUGGAGACAGCACGCUGGCGAAGGUUUGCAGGAAUGGGCGCAUACACACCGCGGCACUUCUGAAUGUAGCUAACGUUAUAUAUAUAUUUAUCAAUCUUUUUUUUCAAUUUUCCUUAUUUUCUUUUCUUUUUUCCCCCUUUUCUUUGAUUAGCCUAUUAUUAUUAUUUUUAUUCGAACCAAAUCGCCAUGGCUUGGCCGUGCAUAAGCAGAGUGUGCUGUCUGGCUCGGUUCUGGAACCAGUUUGAUAAAUCCGAUCUUUCAGUGCCACUGACCAUACAGAACUACUCGGACAUCACCGACCAAGAGGUACAAUCCGUCACCAGGCAGGUACCGACGGACCGGGUUCUGAGGCACAACUAUUCCACCACGGAACAUCGCGGAUCCCCCCAGACACCGGGAGAUGCCCCGGGGACCCAGAGGUCAUUGAGGGGCCGGAGGGAGCCUAACUUCAAACCCCAGGAGGACUACCAACAAACCGGUGUGCCUUUCUCCACUGUCACCCAGUACAAACAGGAUUACAAACCCUGGCCUAUUCCGAAGAAGGAGAAUUUCCCCUGGAUUAGCAAUGUCGGAAAAGGGGGUGAAGUUGGUUCGGAUAGCCCCGUGAACAGUAACCCCAAUGCGAGCCAGACUAGAGGGGACAUGGGGGAGAGAGAGGAGCGGGGCAGACAGAGGUGGGGGGAGCAGGGGACGGCAACAGCCAAAAGCUCUUACAGACAGGAGUACAGGCUGUGGACGGGGGCAAGACCAGCCAAGACCACCAGGAAACAAUGCCCCCCUGCCCCGUAUGCCAGUCCCGGAUCGGGGGUCUCCCACCUCCCUAAUGAGACCAGCUACCAAGCCGCCUACAACGGAGGUGGGGAGGCUUUCAGACACACAGAGCUUCACCAGAGGGACCAUACUCCCAGCACCCCCACUGCUGACCUGCUGACCCCCACCGUCCCCCAAAACACCGUAACCCCACUCCAGCCCUACUCCAUUGCCACUACCACCCCUAUCACCACCACCGCCGGCCUCCAGCAGAGCAGCCUGCCAGAGAGACCUGACCUCAGUAUAGGAACCAUGGGAGAGGAGCAGUUGGUUAGGACUAAGCUCUCUCCCAACCCCUCUGCGGUUUUUCAAAGCGGAUCCAGAAUCUUCAACAUAUGACAGACUCUCCAAAUCCUUCUACUGGUUACGGGGAGUCCAAAGAACCAAUUAGGGAAUGUUCUCUGUCCAUUCCACACUAUAACAAAAUCUAUGCAAAGGAAUGUACAUCUUCUUAAUGUAAUCAGAAAGGGAAAGUUAGCUUACCGUCCAGUAUAGUAAAUCAGAGAUGAGAGUGAAUGAGAAACUAGAUGUCAUAAAACAAGAUAAAUCAUUUUACAAUUCUGUUCUAUUGCUAUGAAAAUGUCAUUUGCAUGAAACCAACUAGUUUGAAAUCAGGCUUUUUUGCCGUUGGACACUCCAAGACAACACGGCUGCUCUGUAAUGUGUGUUUGUUUGUACUGUAUGUACAGGUAUGUGUGUGCACCUGCUGAAUUGGAAUGAUUUAAGUUAAUAAAUACUUUUUGUACAUACUGUUGGAUCUAUUGAAAUGACAAGCAAUGUAUGCUCAAACUACACUUUGUCCAGAAAGUGUGUUGAUUUUUGUUAACGGAAACAAAACAAAAUAUUUAAUUCAUUUCUAUUCAAUUACUGGUAGGUAACGAUUGAGAAAAUAGUUGUUUCUGGUGUAUACGUUCAUUUUGUAAAUCUGCUUCAGAAAAUAAAAAGUGAAAUAUGAUAUAAUGUACAGUAUAUUACAAUAAAAGAAUAUUAGGUUCUUA